AUGGCUAGAAUAACCAAAAAAAGCCCAGAGCCUACUUUAGAUAUGGAGCAACCGACCUCAAGUUCCAAACAGAAUAAGAAGGCAAAGACUUCCUGUCAACCGAGGUCCAAGGCCAUGAAGACAAGCAUGAAGGUGAAGCCUCCCCUUCGCAGGAAUCUGCAUAAAAAACCCUCUGAAAAACGGGUCAACACCGUAAGAAACGUUGGGAAAACUAGAAGACAAACAGUAUUUGGCCACUACCGCAAACUGAAUGAGAAACUGAACCAAGACGAAGCAGAAGAGGAACAAGGCAGUGUGAAGACGUCUACUUCAAGCGAGCAGCUGCGCAGGCAGUGA